AUGCAUUUGAUGGACUGGAACAUUGUUGGUGUGGCCGAGACUUGGCUCACCAACACAGUAGUUAACAAUGAGAUAGAAAUAUCUGGAUACAGCUUUGCCAGGCUGGAUCGAGCCGGCCGUCCUGGUGGAGGUGUGUGCCUGUAUUACAGGGCUACACUUCCUGUCACCGUACAGCCAGAUUUGAAGGUGGACGGUAUUGAAGCUGUGUGGAUCAGUCUGCACCACUCCAAACAGCGCCAUCUUUGUGCGUGUAUGUACCGCCCCCCUGCUGAAUCAAUUCAUUAUUGGGACAGAUUUGAGCAGGCUCUUCACCAGGCUGCAGUGGUGUCACCAUCUGUCACCCUGCUUGGUGACUUCAACAUUAAUGUUAGCUCAGCUGCAACACCCCAGCUCCACCGUUUCAAUGACGCAAUUCACUCUUUCGGUUUGAAAAAUUUAGUCUCUGUCCCAACCCGAAUAACCCCAAGAUGUCCAAUCGGCACAACACUGGACCUGAUCCUCACCAGUAGCCCUGCUACAGUCUCCUACAAUGUCAUACCCUGUACUCUGAGUGAUCACUCAGCCGUACAUGCUAGACUGGACCUCGCGCUACCGUCCGCUAAGCAUCAACACUCCUCGCAACGCCAGGGCACCAGUUUAACCCGCAACAUGCGCACCAUAUACUUUCCAGAAUUUCGGGAUGAGCUUGCCAAUGCCAACCUGAGCGUGUUCCAAUCGACUUCCUCCACUGAUGAGAUGUGGAGCGCUUGGCACACUAAAUUCAUGCGUGUUCUUGACAGGCAUGCCCCUCUCAAAUCCACCAGCAGGAAGGCGAGCUCAUAUCCCCCGUGGUCUGACAGGGAAUUGUACCAACUCCAGUGUCGCAAGAAAAGGCUACAUCGCCAGUGGCUUCAGAACAAGGACAGCACCCAUCUCUACUCAGCAUUCAGGCGUGCCCGUGCGGCUGCCAGGAAUGCCUAUCGUAGGAAACGCAAUGAGUAUUUCCAAAUCCUAUGUGCUGAACAUAGUCGCAAUCCACGCAAACUGUGGCAUAUCCUCAACACUGUAACAUCUCGAACUCGCCAACGUAUUGAGCCAAUGUGUGAUGUGGAGGAUGUCGCCACAGCCUUCAGUAAAGUUGUGACUGAUAAUGAUAGACCUCCUGUGCUCACCAUGCCACAGGGUCCAUCACGCCCCACAGCCUUAUCAGCUUUCCAGUAUGUCCGAACCAACUCUGUUUAUCGUCUCCUGAGAGGCAUCAAUGCAGCCAAGGCCACAGGCAGUGACAGCAUCCCAGGAGUACUUCUGAAGUGCUGUGCUGAUAUCAUUGCUCCGUCUGAUGCUGCUCUCAUCAAUGCCUCACUAUCCCGUGGUACAGUACCCUCUGCCUUCAAGCUUGCACACGUAUCACCGCUAUAA